CAGAGCCCGGAGCCCGGAGCGGAGCCGCGGGAGCGCCAUGGCCUCGCCAAUGGCCGGGCUGCUCCUGCCCCUGGGCCUGAUGCUCCACGCCGCCCCGGCCCUCGGGUCCAGCGCGUUCCGGAUGGCGCCGCGGCAGGUGGUGGGCGCCCCGGGCCAGCGGGUGGAGCUGAGCUGCGAGGUGCUGCUGCCCACGCUGAACGCGGGCUGCUCCUGGCUGGUGCAGAAGGCCGGCCCCGCCGGCAGCCCCGCCAGCAGCCCCGCCUUCCUCCUGUUCAUCUCCAACAUCAACCGCGUCAAGCUCUCCCCGGACCUGGACGCCGGCCGGUUCUCCGGCAAGAAGUUGGGGAGCGACCGCUACGUCCUCACCCUGAACAGCUUCCGCGAGCAGGACGAGGGCUACUACUUCUGCUCCUGCAUGAGCAACUCCGUGCUGUACUUCAGCCCCUUCGUGCCCGUCUUCCUGCCAGCCAAGCCCACCACCGCGCCGCCGCCGCCGCCGCCCCCGCCCGCCACCAACGCAUCGCGGCCCGGCUCCCCGCGCCCCGAGACCUGCCGGCCGGCGGCCCGCCCCGCAGAGGAGCCCGAGGACCUGACCUUCGCCUGCGUCAUCUACAUCUGGGCGCCCCUGGCCGGGGCCUGCGCGGCCCUGCUCCUGGCCCUGAUCGCCACCGCCGUCUGCAGCCACCGGAACCGGAGGCGCGUUUGCAAAUGUCCCAGGCCCGUGGUCAGGCCCGGAGGCAAGCCCAGCCCUUCCGAGAGAUACGUCUGAGAUGGCGAGGGGCCUGUCCAACAGCCACUAUAGACUUCAGACUGAGAACUCUCCUUUCCGGGGAGCAACGGCCCUUCCCUUCGGGUUUUCACCUUCUUUGUGUAUUCAUUCUUGUUCUUACUACUUUCGUUGGGUGGAGGGGUGGAGGGUUACUUUGUCUUUAAUUGACACCAAACAAUACCUACGGUAGAGUUGCAAUGCCACCGCGCUCACGUAUUGGGGGAAAGGGCCGGCGGUUAGAGCUGUGAGGGCCUCCCCAUCACUGGGUCCAGACCUCCUCCUUGGUCAUUCUGCAGAGGAGGCUGAAGUCCAGGGCGGGAAGGGGGCAGGGGGAACAGAGGCUUGAUCAAAGUCACGGCUGGGCUGGGCCCCUCCUCCACACCCUUCAUCCUUCUGGAGGCCUCAGGCUCAGCGUGCAGUUCUGUGCCUCAAACCGCACUGGAGCAAGUCAUUUCUUGAGAGACCCACCACUGCACGCAGGACCCUGAGAAGAUCAUGAAAUAAGAGAACGUCUGCCUUUCACCAAGUUCUGUAAUGUGGCUGGAAAGUAUGCAGGCUUUUACAGUCCAAGCCAGUGGGGAUUCUUCCAAUGAACCGGGAGAGGGGAACCGAGUCUUGGAAAAUGAAUUCACUCAAUCUCUAAAUAAAAUCUCUGUGAAAGAUUAAAAUAGAAAAAAAAAAUCUCUGUGAAAUCCCUAAGGGGAGGGAAAAUGGUUCUCCCGGCUCUUCAUGGCAGAGGGAGAGGCCACCCCUUUACCCUACGGUUUGAGCGUCAGGAAGGUCGGGUGGAGAUCCCCUGGAUCUCUGAACUGCAGAUGCCGUAUCUGAACACGCGCUGGAGUCCCUGCUGACUUCUCGGUCUGUAAAGGCAGAAUCGCUAGAGAGCUGGUCUGGUGAGGAUGUGGCAGAGCAGACUCUGCCCUGGUGAGGAGUGAGGAAGCUAAUUGCCUAAACUGUUGCCUACUCACCCAUUUCCUCUCACACGGUGUUGCACAGAAAUGUGUGCUCGCUGGAAGAAAAAACUUAGACAAGGAAAUAAGAAUCAUCCAUAAUUCUGUGCCCCCGGUAUAAUCCAUUGUUAAUAUUAGGGUAUACUUCUGACUAUUUUCUAUGCAUAUGUGUAAAAUAUAUUUUGCUUUUUAUUAAAAAAUGGGAUUGCACCAUGCUUUAAUAAUAAAAAAAAAAUUCAUGGCAUACUCUUUAGUGGCAAAAUAAUAAUCCUUUUUUGGUUGUGC